AUGGUGUUUUGGAAAUUUGAAUAUCCUGGCCCUGAACCCCGGGUGAAGAGCCAUGCUGAUAUCUGCUCCACCUCUGCUAAGAAAGUAGAGAAGAAGCACUGGAAGAGAAACCCAGAGAAAGGCUGUGAUAGCUGCGUGACGCUGGAGAACAAUUUUGAUGACAUCAAACACACAACUCUGAGCGAGCGCGGAGCACUUCGGGAAGCAAUGAGGUGCCUGAAAUGUGCAGAUGCCCCAUGUCAGAAAAGUUGCCCUACCAACCUGGACAUCAAGUCAUUCAUUACCAGUAUUGCCAACAGGAACUACUAUGGUGCGGCGAAGUCGAUCUUGUCAGACAACCCCCUAGGCCUGACUUGUGGCAUGGUGUGCCCGACCUCUGACCUCUGUGUGGGGGGCUGUAACCUCUACGCCUCUGAGGAAGGACCAAUCAACAUCGGGGGGCUCCAGCAGUUCGCCACUGAGAUCUUUAGUAAGAUGGGCAUUCCUCAAGUGAGGAACCCAGCUCUCCCUCCUCCAGACCAGAUGCCUAACAGCUUCCACUCAAAGAUCGCUCUGAUUGGCUGUGGCCCGGCCAGCAUCAGCUGUGCUUCCUUCCUGGCUCGCCUUGGCUACGAUGACAUCACCAUAUUCGAAAAACAGAAGUGGAUCGGCGGACUGAGCUCUGCGGAGAUCCCUCAGUUCAGGCUGCCAUAUGAGGUAGUGCACUUCGAGGUGGAGCUGAUGAUGGAUUUGGGCAUCAAGGUGGUGUAUGAGAAAGCCCUGGGCCAGGACGGGAUGACUCUGCUCUCUCUGAGAGAUGAAGGUUACAAAGCUGUCUUUAUCGGCAUUGGUCUUCCACAGGCUAACAGACAUCAAAUAUUUGAGGAGCUGACGAUCGAACAAGGCUUUUACACGUCAAAGGAUUUCCUACCUUUGGUCUCCAAAGCCAGCAAAACAGGAAUGUGCAGCUGCAAGUCUUCCCUGCCGGAGCUGCGUGGCACGGUGAUUGUUCUGGGUUCAGGAGACACAGCUUUCGACUGUGCCACUUCUUCCCUGCGCUGCGGUGCCAAGCGGGUCUACGUGGUGUUUAGGAAAGGCUUCACCAACAUCAGGGCUGUCCCCGAGGAGAUGGAGCUGGCCAUGGAAGAGAAGUGUGAGUUCAUGCCCUUCCUGUCCCCUCGUGAGGUCAUCAUGAAGGCGGGUCGCUUGGCGGGAAUGGAGUUCUGUCGUACGGAGCUGACAGACGAAGGUGAUUGGAUGGAGGACGAGGAUCAGAUCAUACGCCUCAAGGCCGAUUACAUCAUCAGUGCCUUCGGAUCCAUGCUGAGCGACCCCAAAGUGAAAGAGGCCAUGGCUCCGGUGCGGUUGAACCGCUGGGGUCUCCCAGAGCUGGACCCAGAGAGCAUGCAGAGCAGUGAGUCCUGGGUGUUUGCUGGGGGCGACGUUGCAGGACAGGCAAACACCACCGUGGAGUCAGUCAACGACGGCAAACAGGCAUCUUGGCACAUGCACAAGUACCUACAGUCUCUCCACGGCCAGACGGUGUCCAGCGUCCCCCAGCUCCCUCUCUUCCACUGUGCCAUCGACUCUGUGGACAUCGGUGUGGAGAUGUGUGGGAUCAGGUUCCCCAACCCCUUUGGCCUGGCCUCCGCUCCCCCCACCACCAGCACAGCCAUGAUCCGCAGGGCCUUCCUGGAAGGAUGGGGCUUCGCUCUCACCAAGACCUUCUCUCUGGACAAGGACUUGGUGACCAACGUGUCUCCCCGCAUCGUGCGUGGGACGACCUCAGGCCCCAUGUUCGGUCCGGGACAGAGCUCCUUCCUCAAUAUCGAGCUGAUCAGUGAGAAGACUGCAGCCUACUGGUGCCAGAGUGUUACCGAGCUCAAAGCUGACUUCCCCAACAAGGUCAUUAUCUCCAGUAUAAUGUGCAGCUACAACAAAGCUGACUGGACAGAGCUUGCCAAGAUGGCAGAGGCCUCAGGAGCUGAUGCCUUGGAGUUGAAUCUGUCUUGCCCACAUGGUAUGGGGGAGAGGGGCAUGGGACUGGCCUGUGGGCAGGAUACAGAGUUGGUGCGUAACAUCUGCCGCUGGGUGAGACAAGCUGUCCAGAUCCCCUUCUUCGCCAAACUGACCCCGAACGUCACCAACAUUGUGGAUAUAGCCAUGGCAGCACACGAAGGUGGUGCAGAUGGCGUCACAGCAACCAACACGGUAUCUGGGCUGAUGGGGCUCAAGGCAGACGGCACUCCUUGGCCUGGCAUUGGCCGUGGCAAGAGAACCACAUAUGGUGGCGUGUCUGGAAACGCCAUCCGGCCCAUCGCCCUGCGUGCUGUAUCCGCCAUCGCCAAAACCCUGCCUGGCUUUCCCAUCCUGGCCACUGGGGGCAUCGACUCAGCGGAGUCUGGUCUGCAGUUCCUUCAUGCUGGAGCUUCUGUCCUGCAGGUGUGCAGCGCGGUGCAGAACCAGGACUUCACUCUGAUCGAGGACUACUGCCUGGGUCUAAAGACCCUGCUCUACCUGAAGAGCAUCGAGGAGCUACAGGACUGGGAUGGCCAAUCACCUCCCACAUUGCGCCACCAGAAGGGCAAACCUGUCCCGCGACUGGAGGAACUGGUGGGCAAGAGUUUACCCAGCUUUGGACCCUAUCUGCUUGAGAAGAAAAAGGUUUUGGCCGACUACAAGAAGGCAGUGAGAGACUACGUUGAGAAGACCACAGUAGUGGAGGCCAAUGGCACCAGAACGUACACCCCCAAGAGACCAGUCCCAGCUGUCAAGGAUGUUAUAGCCAGGGCUCUGAAGCACAUCGGUGCAUACGGGGAGCUGAACAACACAGAGCAGGUCGAGGCUGUUAUAGAUGAGGAAAUGUGUAUCAACUGUGGCAAGUGCUACAUGACCUGCAAUGACUCUGGGUACCAGGCUAUUUCGUUUGACCCUGAGACCCAUUUCCCUAUAGUUAACGACAGCUGCACCGGCUGCACUCUCUGUCUCAGUGUCUGCCCUAUCAUCGAGUGCAUCAAAAUGGUUACCAGGACAACACCGUAUGUGCCCAAGAGAGGCCUGCCUCAAGCCGUCAUGCCCGUAUGCUGAAACUAAAGGAUGGAGAGAGAGAAAGAAGAAACAAAAACGUCCACCAAUGUCUGUUUGACAACAUCGAUUCCUCUGCUUUGUAAUUGUGCUGUGAAAAAUUACCUUGAUUAUAUGAAAAUAAUUAUUAGUGUGGAUAAAUAAUUGCCUUAUAUAUUCCCAAGCCAAUUAUCUACAAAUAAUCAACCGGGCGGCAAAAGGUGGCAUUAUUUCUAAACAAUGGUGGUGUGGGGAUGUGUUGUUGUUUUUGUCGUUGAGUUUUUUUUUCUCUUCCCUGUUGUGUCAAGGCUGUGAUAAUGAGAGUGAAGGUGGAAGAGAAAGGAGGGAGGAAGAGAAAGGAGGGAGGAAGAGAAAGGGGAAGGCAGAAAAUAAUGGAUGUUUAUGCGUUUGGGCUCUAUCUGACAAACUGACGCACCAAUGCUACAUUUCCUAACAAGCAUGCGUGGAUGGCAGUUGGACCACAAGCCCAGAGCUAUGAAAUUAGACAUUAUAUGUUGGGAGGGAUAAUCAGAAGGAUCAGAAGUUGUAAUGAACAGAUAUGAAUAGGUGAUCGUGACAGCCUGAGGUAUUCUACCUGUGAAUGUCCAGACUAUCUCCUCUCUCUCAUACCACAUCAGAACUGGAGGUCAUUGUUUCAUGUUUAUCAAGCACUGCAUCUGUUUAGUUUGGUUCCUCCAAGUGUUAGCUACAAGCCAGCUUUACUUUUAGUUUAACUUGCCCUGCACUCCCAGUGUUAGCUACAAGCCAGCUUUACUUUAAGUUUAACUUGCCCUGCACUCCCAGUGUUCGCUACAAGCCAGCUUUACUUUUAGUUUAACUUGCCCUGCACUCCCAGUGUUAGCUACAAGCCAGCUUGACUUUUAGUUUAACUUGGCCUGCACUCCCAGUGUUAGCUACAAGCCAGCUUUACUUUUAGUUUAACUUGCCCUGCACUCCCAGUGUUAGCUACAAGCCAGCUUGACUUUUAGUUUAACUUGCCCUGCACUCCCAGUGUUAGCUACAAGCCAGCUUUACUUUUAGUUUAACUUGCCCUGCACUCCCAGUGUUAGCUACAAGCCAGCUUGACUUUUAGUUUAACUUGCCCUGCACUCCCAGUGUUAGCUACAAGCCAGCUUGACUUUUAGUUUAACUUGCCCUGCACUCCCAGUGUUAGCUACAAGCUAGCUUUACUUUUAGUUUAACUUGCCCUGCACUCCCAGUGUUAGCUACAAGCCAGCUUUACUUUUAGUUUAACUUGCCCUGCACUCCCAGUGUUAGCUACAAGCCAGCUUGACUUUUAGUUUAACUUGCCCUGCACUCCCAGUGUUAGCUACAAGCCAGCAUUACUUUUAGUUUAACUUGCCCUGCACUCCCAGUGUUAGCUACAAGCCAGCUUGACUUUUAGUUUAACUUGCCCUGCACUCCCAGUGUUAGCUACAAGCCAGCUUUACUUUUAGUUUAACUUGCCCUGCACUCCCAGUGUUAGCUACAAGUCAGCUUUACUUUUAGUUUAACUUGCCUUGCACGCCCAGUGUUAGCUACAAGUCAGCUUUACUUUUAGUUUAACUUGCCUUGCACCAAAGCUUAGAAUGUAUUCUAUUAUUACUACUAAUACUAUUUGCAUCUGUCUGUGGUUAUGUGGAUUACAUAUUGAUUGUGUUAACUGUUUUUUGUGUGUUUUUUGACAAUUUCUCUUGAUUUGGGUGUGUAAUUGUGAAAUCAGGGAUCUUUGUUGUAUUACGGGCCAGGGGUUGUUGUAACUAAAAGGUCAGAUCUUCAUGUGGCUGUUUCCAGUUCAAUAGAUAUGAAGAAUAGCUGUGAUUCACUGGGAGCUCACUAAAGGUCAGCUGUGACUAGUCUCAUCUCAAUAAGUAUCUGCUACUCGCCCAUGGUUAAUGUAUACCUACACUACCGUUCAAAGGUUUGGGGUCACUUAGAAAUGUCCUUGUUUUUGAAAGAAAAGCACAUUUUUUGUCCAUUUAAAAUAACAUCAAAUUGGUCAGAAAUACAAUGUAAACAUUGGUAAUGUUGUAAAUGGCUGAAAACGGCAGCUUUUUUAAAUGGAAGGAAUAUCUACAUAGGUGUACAGAGGCCCAAUAUCAGCAACCAUCACUCUUGUGUUCCAAUGGCAUGUUGUGUUAGCUAGUACUGUAUGUCAUUUUAAAAGGCUAAUUGAUCAUUAGAAAGCCCUUUUGCAAUUAUGUUAGCACAGCUGAAAACUGUUGUUCUGAUUAAAGAAGCAAAAGAAAUGUC